AUGGCACCGACACGUCUCCCACCCUCGGCCACGGUGGCCCGCCACCCCCAGCAGCCGUCGCCACCCCCCGCCACUGCAGCUGCCACUAAGAAGCGCAAAGCCAGCGACGCGCCCUCGGCUUUCCACGAGACCAGCCGAGCGUCCACGCACUGCUCGCUCUGCGGCUUUGGCGCCUCGACGCUCGACCACCUGCUCACGCACGUGCGGGAGGCGCACGACCGUAACCACGAGACCGCGUCGUCCUCAAUGGCACUGCCGCUUCAAGUCGCGCACAUGGUGGUCCAACGAGCUCUCGACCAAGCAGCUCUAGGAGGCGCGACAAGUGCCUGGCUUGGCGCCAUGCAGCAAGAGUUCAGCGCGGCCGCCGAGUUGACCGCUGCGCUCGAGCGACGAGACGCUCCUGGUGUAGCCGCCGCCGUCGGUCGCUUGCAAGGCGUCACCCAAUCGGGAGACGAGCGGACGCUGCCGGCGACGCUGCAACAAGCAGCGCAGAUCUUGUUCCAGUCGCUGCCAGGAGCUCCACUAGCAGCGGCGGCCGACGUCUCGUCGGUGCCCGUCGUGGCGAUCAAACAAGAGGAAGCAGAGCCACGCAAUGAAACACCUGAAGCUGGAGCUGUUACAGAGGACGCUGCCGAGCCACAAUCCAAGGGAAAAGACUCGAGCAUCCAUGAGGCAGAAGCUGCUCAGGCGCUCACGGGACUACGAGACACCGCCUCGAGCAGCGCCACGACGACGGAAGCUACAAUGACUGCUGCUCCCGUGACGACAGCAACGUCUGUGUGGCCGCCACCAGCUGCGCCAAAGCCGACUCCGAUGGCUCCUCAAGCCUCGUUCCCGUCGUUCACGCUUGGGUCGCCGUUGAGUAUCACUGCACCGACACUGCAACUGAGCAGUCCUCACUUUCCGUCGUCCGACGGCAUGUACACUAGUGCAAGUGUCGGACGGUCGCCUGGCACGCAGUCGUCGUUGCCGAGUCUUUUUGCAAGGAGUCUCUUGGCCCCGCUCGCCUCGCCGUCCAGCGUCGCGGACCCUGGAAAUGGAUUGGCUCAUGGCGUUGCAGCGGAACCGGGUUACUUGAAUCCUAUGAUGAUCAAUGACCACCGCAACUCGUUGGGAUCGACGCUUCGACCGGAAACGACGUCAGCAUUUCUCACGCCAGUGUACUACUCGUCGUUCCCUUCGUUUUCGACGACGACUAACGGCGUUACGCAUGGCACACCGACGAUGAAUCGACCGACAUUGGCAUCUCCUAUCAAGCGCAAAAGUAUCACGUCGAAGCAGUUGAUUGUAAGGUGUGAUGCGGAAGUCGCAGCUGUCCGGGCAGCUGCAUCUACAGCUGCGGCAACAGAUACAAGUGGAAUGGGACCGCUGGGACCGAUAUCUGUGUCUGGGACACCUACGACACCUGCGACUCGCAAAGCUACUCCUCGACGUUGGACGAAAGAAGAAGACGAUGCACUGCGCUCGGCUGUCGAGAGCCACCGCGAGAAGAACUGGAAGGCGAUUGCUGCUCAAGUCCCUGGCCGCAACCACACGCAGUGUCUUCAACGGUGGACGAAAGUGCUAGCUCCAGGUCUCGUGAAGGGCCAUUGGUCCCCGCACGAGGAUGAGCUGCUACGGCGCCUCGUAGCAACGGAGCAGAAGAACUGGGGCGACGUGGCCUCAAAGAUACCGGGCCGCACUUCGAAACAGUGUCGAGAGCGCUGGCACAACCAUCUGGAUCCGCAGAUUGUGCGCGGCGCAUACACUCCCGAAGAAGAUCGGCUGAUUCUAGAGGCCCAAGCGCGACUGGGUAAUCGCUGGUCAGUCAUUGCUGCAAUGUUACCGGGACGAACUGAAGACGCUGUCAAGAUCCGCUGGAAGUCGCACUGCCGGUUGUGGCGGGCGCGCAAGUAUUUGCGGAAGAAUCCUAAUAGCGACGUCGACAUGAUGAGUGAACCGACACAGACGCCGAGGACGCCGUUGGUGCCUCCCACGGGCGAUUUCAAGUGGCCCGUGCCUUUUCCAUGCAGUGCAGUCGACGACCGUGAGUCAAGUGCGGGCACGGACGUCAUGGGUCGAGUAGACUAA